UGUUCGGCGCAGAGAGGCGGACGCGGUCUGGCAUAGCCGAAACUCCUAACCUCAGCAAGGCAACAUGCGUGAAUGCAUAUCUAUCCAUGUCGGUCAGGCUGGUGUUCAGAUUGGCAAUGCAUGCUGGGAAUUGUAUUGUCUGGAACACGGGAUCCAACCUGAUGGUCAGAUGCCCAGUGAUAAAACUAUUGGAGGUGGAGAUGAUUCAUUUAACACUUUCUUCAGUGAGACAGGAGCUGGUAAACAUGUUCCCAGAGCGGUAUUUGUGGACCUUGAGCCAACUGUAGUUGAUGAAGUACGUACAGGCACAUAUAGGCAGUUAUUCCAUCCUGAACAGCUCAUUACUGGGAAGGAAGAUGCAGCAAAUAAUUAUGCCAGAGGCCAUUAUACCAUUGGAAAAGAGAUUGUUGAUCUAGUGCUAGAUCGGAUUCGCAAACUGGCUGAUCUGUGUACAGGGCUGCAAGGUUUCCUUAUCUUUCACAGUUUUGGAGGCGGCACUGGUUCAGGAUUUGCAUCUCUCCUCAUGGAAAGGCUCUCUGUUGACUACGGCAAAAAAUCUAAAUUAGAGUUUGCAAUUUAUCCAGCACCACAGGUUUCCACUGCUGUAGUGGAACCCUACAACUCAAUUCUAACUACCCACACAACAUUGGAGCAUUCAGACUGUGCUUUCAUGGUAGAUAAUGAAGCUAUUUAUGAUAUAUGUCGUCGCAAUCUUGAUAUUGAGCGGCCUACUUAUACCAAUUUAAAUCGACUAAUUGGGCAAAUUGUCUCCUCCAUCACAGCCUCCUUGCGUUUUGAUGGAGCCCUCAAUGUAGAUCUGACAGAGUUUCAGACUAACCUUGUUCCAUAUCCACGAAUCCAUUUUCCUCUUGCAACAUAUGCCCCUGUCAUCUCUGCUGAAAAAGCAUACCAUGAGCAGUUAUCAGUGGCUGAAAUUACCAAUGCUUGUUUUGAACCAGCCAACCAAAUGGUAAAAUGUGACCCUCGUCAUGGCAAGUAUAUGGCCUGCUGUAUGCUAUAUAGAGGUGAUGUUGUUCCCAAAGAUGUUAAUGCAGCUAUUGCUACUAUCAAGACUAAGCGAACCAUUCAGUUUGUGGAUUGGUGCCCAACUGGAUUCAAGGUGGGAAUUAACUAUCAGCCUCCAACUGUGGUGCCAGGUGGUGACCUUGCAAAAGUGCAACGAGCUGUGUGUAUGCUGAGUAACACAACUGCUAUUGCUGAAGCAUGGGCUCGUCUUGACCAUAAAUUUGAUCUCAUGUAUGCUAAGCGUGCCUUUGUACACUGGUAUGUUGGAGAAGGAAUGGAGGAAGGAGAAUUUUCUGAGGCUCGAGAAGAUCUGGCUGCCCUUGAAAAAGAUUAUGAAGAAGUUGGAGUAGAUUCAGUGGAAGCAGAAGCUGAAGAAGGGGAAGAAUAUUAAGAAAACUUAAGUCUGAAAAUGUAUUUCAACAACAAAAAUAAUUCAGAAUCCUGUUCACUUGUUUGAUUUUUUCAAAUAAAGCUUUAAAGUUCUACCUACUGUUCUAUACUCGCUAAGCAAGUACCAUUUUAAUUUGUACCUUUUGUUGGCAUCCAGGCAUAUGCAAAUUGUAAAAUAAAUCAGAAAGUCACGUCUAACUUUCUGUGAUAUUGACAUGUUCUAUGACAUAUCCUACCUUCAUUUUGCUUUCUCCCAAGCAGGAAACUGUUUCCACUCAGGUUGUUUCGGAACAUUAUGAUUAUUCCAAGUCUGUCUGCGCAAUAUCGAGGAACCGGACUGAGCUCUUAGGAUCUCCCCUUGAGAUUGGCUUCACAAAAGACUUAAGUAAAAAUUCUUGAAGUUCUUGAGGUACCACUUAAUACUACUGUACACAAGUGAUUCAUUUGACUACAGUU